UAUUAUGAAAGCUCAUAGUUUGUCCAGUCGCUUCCUGCUGUAGAAGCGAAGGCGCGAGAUCUCGAGUUGAAACAGCAGCGUUAAUCUCAUCAGAAAACGGAUUAUGUGUUCUCUGAGUCUGUUUCCGUCACCGCUCACUAGUGGUGCGACUCUGUACGAACACAACAACGAGCUGCUGCAGGGACACAACAAACAGCUGUAUGAUCUGCCCAGUCCUGAGUUCAGCAGAGAUGUUCUGAAGGGUCACAGUCGUCCGGAGAGCAGCAGCAGUAAAUCCGCUUUUCUGGACCACACAGACACGCUGUGGAUGAGGAGUGCUGGAGCCUGGCGUGAUGCUGGACUUCACGGUCUUCUGGAUGAAAUCACUAACAGUGCUGAGGAGGUGCCCAGGUGGUUAGCUGUGAGCUCGGGCUGUCUGUUGGCUCUGCUGCGAUGGGCGUCUUCAUUUCACGGUUCACUCUUUCCACAUCUGACUCUGAGCGGAGAUGAGAUGGUGGCCGAGUUUUCACAGAUGUUGGACUGGUCUGACAGCGCUAUAAGAAGCUUCGCUUGGCAUGCUCACACUGACAAGUUUGCCGUGGCUCUACAGGACGACUCCAUCAAAAUCUACAAGUCUAACAGUUCCCUGAGCCCCACGCUGAAGCACCGGUGUCAGAGGUCAGUGUGUGACCUGCAGUGGAAACCUCUGUGUGGAUCAGUGCUGGCGGUGGCCUGUCAGAGCUGUCUGCUCAUAUGGCACGUGGACCCCACGUCUCUCUCCACCAGGCCGUCGUCCGGCUGCGCGCAGGUCCUGUCUCAUCCGGGUCAUUCCCCCAUCACGUCCAUCUCCUGGUCUCCCACUGGAUCUCUGCUGGUGUCUGCGUCUCCUGUCGAUACUGCCAUGAUGGUGUGGGAUGUGGCAGCAGAAGGUUGUGUGCCGUUACAGCGAGUUGGUGGAGGUGGCGUCACGUACCUGUCCUGGUCUCCAGAUGGCAGUCGACUGCUGGCCGCCACACCUUCAGCGCUCUUCAGGGUGUGGGAGACGCGCAUGUGGACGUGUGAGAGGUGGCCGUGUGUUAAAGGCAGCUGUCAGUCGGGCUGCUGGAGUCCAGACGGCAGCUGUUUGUUGUUCAGUAUUCAGGGCGAGAGACUCAUCUACGCUCUCACCUUCUCUGAUCUCACAGGAGGUCCUAAAGCUGCUACUGUAGUGGCUGAUCUGUCAGAGACCAGCUUCACUGGACCUGAUGGAGACAUCACUGUUGGCGGUGAGGUACGCUCUCUUGCGUGGGAUCCUCGAGGGGAAAGACUGGCUGUGCUUCUCAAAGGUGAUUCUCAGGCCGUCAGUCACCCGUCUGUCAUCGCUGUGUUUAAAACUCGCUCCAGUCCGGUUUUUGAGCUGCUGCCAUGCGGUUUUGUGAUGGGAGAAGAUGGAACAGAACCCAGAUUCAUGCAGUUUCAUCCUCACUUUCAGCAUGGUGCUCUCCUCACUGUGUGCUGGUCUGAUGGACGCAUCUCUCAUGUGCCGUUCUACUUCAGCAGCGCUGGACCUUCAGCAGGAGCCUCACAGCAGCCCAGCACAGAUCACUCCACAAACAAACUCUACACUCACCGCACCUCAUGAACACCACACCUGACCUGUCCUCACCACACCUGACCUGUCCUCACCACACCUGACCUGUCCUCAACACACCUGACCUGUCCUCACCACACCUGACCUGUCCUCACCACACCUGACCUGUCCUCUACACACCUCAUGAACACACCUGACCUGUCCUCAACACACCUCAUGAACACACCUGACCUGUCCUCACCACACCUCAUGAACACACCUGACCUGUCCUCAACACACCUCAUGAACACACCUGAACCUCUGGACUAUACAAACCAGUGCACCUCGCUUUGGUCCAGUCACUUUACCUGUGACCCUCACAAUCAGAAGAAGAAACAGUUUGUAACAAGUGCAUUGUGUGAUUAUUAUAUUGCAUGCAUGUUUAUGUAGAGUACCUUAUAAAGAUGUUGAUCUCGUUGUGUAUCAUUUUCAGCGCAGAUGAAUGUUAAACAGAACACGUUGAGAAGAUUUUUGGUUAUAUUCGACAUGUUUUACAUCAUGUGCCAGAGCGGUCCAUGUAAAUCCUGGAUACAAUAAAUAAAGCCUUGAAAGAUCACUAUCCUCAAGACCACUGUCCCUUCCUGCAGCGACUUCCCCUGGGCGUCUCGGCAGUUCCAGAAGUGUUCGAGUUUUUUUCUAAAAGAGCAAAUUUCUCUAGCGUGGCAUGUCCCGCUGUUCUCGUGGGUGCAACACACUCAUCGAGGAGGGGGACGGACACAAGGUCUGCUUACAGUACGCUGGGGCAGCCCUUGUGGAUACGUCCUGCCCACACUGCGGGCGGUUGACGAUUCAGACGUUGCGUCACGGGUGGCUGUGUUCCCACACGACUCAGCCACCACCUCGUCUGCUUCCCGUUCUGUGACAGCAGUGGCUACGGCCCUGCCGUCCGCUACGGCAAGCAGUGAGGGUGAUAUGAGGAUUACUGUGAGCGCUAAUCCGUCAGCCACCGGCUCGCGGACCGUUCGCACCUCGUCUCGCUCGUCUGACUGUUCCCCAUGAGACGGUCCAACCGUCUUGUUCCUCAACCACGUAUUCGGAAACGGUGCGUGAUGAUGAGAUGUCCGUUGCAGCAUCGGAGGGUGACUUACUGGCAUCUGACUCCGACGAUUCCUCGGAGCUCCCUCUCUCGGGGAGUCGAGCCCAGGAAGAAGUGGACGUCGAAAUGUCAGCCAUGCUUUCCCGGGCUGCCAGCAUUGGGUUGCAGUGCAUCGGACUGCCUCUCCCAACGCUCGCGGCUGGAUACAUGGUACCUUGGGUUGAGAGCGGCUCCCAGUGCCGUGUUUUCCCGGAAGUGCAUGAGGAACUUAGUACGACCUGGAACGCCCUCUUUCGGUGCAUGCACGUCAACUAGUUCCAUCGCUCUUUCUUCCCUCGAUGGUGGGGCAGCUAGAGGAUACGUCGAUGUCCCCCAGGGGCUCGACCUAGACUCCCGUCCAAAGCAUGUAGGUUUUUUCGGCAUCUUAGGUGUCGAGAGCUUACUCUGCUGUGGGCCAAGCUGUCCCCUCUCUCCACGCUAUGGCCAUCCUGCAGGUCAGGCCAAGGCGUUGAGAGAGCUCCACGAGGGUAAGAUUGACCCAGCGCUUAUGCAGGAACUCUGCGCCGUCACCAACCUCGCGCUACCGGCGACCAAGGUGACCGCGCGGGCCCUGGGUCGGGCGAUGUCCACACUUGUGGUCCAGGAGAGACACCUCUGGCUGAACCUUGCACAGAUGAGUAAUGCCGAGAAAGUCCGCUUUCUUGACGCACCCAUCUCGCAAGGGGGGCUGUUUGGUGAUACUGUCGAGCCGCAGUCCUCGACAGUAAAGAAGCAGACAGAGGAUAUCAAGCAUAUCCUCCCACGCCGUGAUUCGGCCGCCCUCUGGCCGUCGAGAUCCCAUGCACCGUCUGUUUCCCAGUAGCA